GCUUCUGCCACCGCGGCCCUGCAGCUUCGCCCCAGUCUCCAGGGCGCCCCACCCUCGGCGGCCUCCGGCUCCCCGCCCACAGACCCCCCACUGGCGGCAUCGCUCUGCCCUGAGGCUCGGGGCGAGCGUGACUCCUGUCCGCAGUGCUAGGGGUGUGCGUCCCGCAGCCCGGGGCGCGGCACGGGGGGGACGCCCGGGGCUGGGGGCCGCUGCUCUUGCUUUCUCGGCGUCGCGCACGUCCUCCCGAGAGGCGUCCCGUGAUCGGCGCGAUGAGUGCCAACGAGGACCAGGAGAUGGAGCUGGAAGCAUUACGUUCUAUUUAUGAAGGAGAUGAAAGCUUCCGGGAACUGAGUCCAGUUUCAUUUCAGUACAGGAUAGGUGAAAAUGGCGAUCCCAAAGCCUUCUUAAUAGAGAUUUCCUGGACAGAAACCUAUCCCCAAACACCUCCAAUUAUAUCUAUGAACGCUUUUUUUAACAACACCAUAUCAUCAGCCGUAAAGCAGAGCAUAUUAGCCAAGUUACAGGAAGCAGUGGAAGUUAAUCUCGGGACGGCCAUGACCUACACAUUGUUUGAAUAUGCCAAGGACAAUAAGGAGCAGUUCAUGGAGAAUCACCACCCAGUUAAUUCUACGAUACCCAUAAGCAGUAUCAUCUCCGUUGAAACUCCUAAUACAGCCCCAUCAAGUAAGAAAAAAGACAAAAAAGAACAACUUUCAAAAGCUCAGAAACGUAAGCUGGCAGAUAAAACAGAUCACAAAGGACAGCUUCCUCGAGGAUGGAACUGGGUUGAUGUGGUGAAGCACUUAAGCAAAACUGGCUCUAAAGAUGAUGAAUAGUGCUUGGAAUUGGGAGACGAGGGAAGAGCAUCCUUUAAAAAGUAAACUGAGUUCAAAAUCCUCCAUUACCCUUUUCUGGUGUUGAGGUGGCUUUUUAUAAAACAGAAUUUUUUGUAUGUUUCUUAUGUGAAAAAAAAUGUUUUAACCUGAAAGUUCAUGAAGAGAUCUGGUUGUAUUAAAUUAUUUUCACAAACUUGCCUUAAUAAAAGGUGAAAUGUUACUGUUUAGUAUACUUUAUGAAGAUGCUUGGGUUUCGUAAAUGGGCAAAAUGGGAAAUGACAAGUAAUCAAUGUGAAUUUAUAUGGUCUUAUUCUAGUGGAAGUGAUAUUUUUUAAAGGAGUAGGAAGGCCCUUUGAAACUCUCACCCCAGUGGAGCAGAAUUUUGAGUCACCAGUUUUUCUGCAGCGUGGUCCAUAUCAAUAGACUUCUCGUCUUAAUAAAGUCUUUAUCUCUUCUUUCCAUUCAUUACUGAAGCACAAAUUGCUUCAGGGAAAUUUAAAUACUAGUAUUUGAACUUUAUACAUAAUAUUCUUUGUAGUUUCUUCUUAUUUUUCAAAGGUAAACUGCUUCCUUUUAGGAAAUGAGUAUCUGUUUUCUACUUUUCUCUUGGUUUGGGUCAUGAUGUUUGACCAUGAGAGUUUUCGGUGGUGAGUGAAAUAGGAAAAUAUAAAAAUAAAUCUGCCAAAUACAUUCGAAAGCAUUUGACUAAAAGUGCUGGUUCCCAUUUAAGACAUUUCUCUUUGCUGCAUAUACCAAGAUGGGAGUAAAAGAUGCCUUAAUAUUUAAUUUUUGUAUUGUUGUAGACAGUGGUUUUAAUAAAUUCCUAUUUAUCUGCGACUGCGUGUUUUUAGUUGUCCGGUAACUGAGGUCUUCGAAGUGGCUUAAUAUAAAACCACAUUUCAAGUCUUGUUUCUUUUCAAGUAUCUACUUGUAUUUCUCAGCCUCACCAUCUUCAUCAUAAGAGACAUAGAAGGUUUUCAAAUGCUGAAUCAUACUACACGCUCGAUUAUUUUUAAAAUCACCAAACUAGUAGGGAAGCUAUCAGUGUAGCAGAAGCAGGAAGUUACUGAUGUGUAUGUGCGAUUUCUAGUGACCACAUUUGCUCCCCGGCUUUAAAACCCUAAGAACUGCUGCUGUAGUGUCUGCAACGGUAGACUGUUGCUUCCUCAAGUUAUACCUGUGCAGCUUGCGUCUGAGUUUUUAAAUAAUAAUUAACUUGUAAAGACGUGUCCUUGGCAUAAGAGCAAUUUGAGUUGUGUCCCUGGAUUUCCCCGGGUUAACAUUAGGCUCUGUUCAGCCAUCGCAACUACAAAGUAAAUUCUGUGCAGUCAUAGUGAAGAAGUGUAAUCUGAUUUUCAAAAGCUGAAUCACAUCUUCUAUCCUGAAGUAAUAUAAUAGAAACAGCAAAGUUCAAGACCACUGGAACGUGCCAGCUUUGGUUUUCGGGCUUGUGUGCAUGGUUUUGGUGAUGUUGAUUCAUUUGCCUGUUUUUAAAGAAGCUGAAACAGCUACAUCUGCCAGUGGGACGGACUGUGUUUUGCUCCGAAGAUUGACUUCGUUCAGGCUCAUGUUGCGGCUCCCAGAUGACAAAGAAUAAUGCUAGUUAAAUGCCAAUGAACUAUUUUUACUCUUUUUAUAUGAACUGUACAAAUUUGGGGGGUGAUGGCGGCAGUGGUGCCUCUUACUACCUUCUGUGAAGCACUUGAACUUUCUCAUCUGUAUUGCCAUCAUCUGUUUAACACCCCCCAGUAUAUUUUCUCAAAGUCUGUUUACCUAAAAUUGUAUGGAAUGACAUGAUUGAUAAGCAAUAAAACCUGAAUUGCACACUCA